AUGAUCGUGGGAUGUUGGAAUGUGAGGGGGUUGCUCAACUCCCUCACGCAGAAGGAGGUCGAGGACCUCCUGGGUAAGCACAAGCUUUCAGUUUGUGGCUUAUUGGAGACGAAGAUUUGGGACCCGGGAACGUUGAACUCGAUCGUGGAACGGCGUUUCCGGCACUGGAUGAAGGCCGACAAUUUUCAUCUACACACGGCUGGCCGGAUCCUCGUUAUUUGGAAUCCGGAUGUGGCUCGGGUGGAAGUUCUUGGUAUGACGUCGCAGGUGAUCCAUUGCAAGGUAACGUGUCUGGUCACCAAACGACUAUUCUACGCUAGCUUUGUGUAUGGGCUUUUCACACCGGUUACGAGACGGCCGCUAUGGCAUUCGUUGGUGGAGUUUGGGUCGAAUAUUUCUGAGCCGUGGCUUUGCUUGGGUGAUUUCAACGUGGUGCUUAAGCCGGAGGAGAAAUCGGGUGGCAACUUGAUGACCCCCUAUUUGUUGAACGAUAUACAGACAUGCUUUCGACGAAGUGGACUUGAGGACUUACCCUCAACCGGAUUUCAAUAUACGUGGACGAACCAUACGGUGUGGAGUAAACUUGACCGUGCGCUUGUAAAUCAAACGUGGCGCGAUGUGUUUGAAGCUAGUUCGGCACACUUCCUGCCAUUUGGGGGCGUGUCGGACCACUCUCCAGUGAUUGUGCGAUUAGGUGGGACCGAACCCCCGGCAUCUCGGCCUUUUUGUUUUUUCAAUAUGUGGACUCAGCACGACGAUUUCCAACGUGAAGUUAAGGAGAUAUGGACGGCGAACUACCAGGGCAGCCGUCAGUGGGCCGUGUGCAAGAACCUCAAGGCCCUUAAGCACCCUCUUAAACGUUUCAAUAGGCGAGAGUUCGGGCACAUAUCUGAACGGGUGAAACGUGCGGGAGGGGAGCUCGAGGAAAUUCAGCAAAUCUACCAUAAUGACCCCCAUAAUCAAUAA